AUGUUGGGGCAGCAGCCCUCAUCCUGGGCAACUAAAACACCAGGUCAAAAAAUCGUUAGACAUGAGCUCUGCCGGUUAUGUAAAACCAACUACAAGCAGGAAAGACCCGCCAAGCAGCUCCUGGGGCCCAGCUCUGCGUCAGGCCUUUGGCUUCCCUGCCCACCUGUGCCACGAGGGACCGGCAGGAAUUUGGAAACUAAGGAACUAAGGCAGAAACAUGGAAAAUCCCUUUAUAUUCAUGAUCAUUACAUCAACGUCAUCCUCACCAUCACCAUCAUCGUUGCCAUUGCUGAAAUCGUCAUCCUCACCAUCACCAUCACCAUCGCUGAAAUCCUCAGCCUCACCAUCACCAUCACCAUUGCUGAAAUCCUCAUCCUCACCAUCACCAGCAUUAAUGAGUGUUUACUCUGUGUCAAGCCCUGUGUUCAGUGCCUGGAGGCUAUAUGGAUACAAACUCUUGUUCAGUUCAGUCAGCUGAAGCCCAGUGGCCUCAGGAGCUGUGCCUAA